AUGAAGAUGGACUGGGCGGUGAGGUGCAAGGGCUUUGUAGCUAUUUGCAUGCCUCUGUGCUCACGAGGAUCUUUGCACGAUGCACGCCACAGUCUAAACGGAGAGCAGAUAGAGCGUUACUUUGUGCAGAUCGCCUGUGCACUGAGAUAUCUUCACGUUAGGUGCGCUGUGCACGGGGACGUGAAGCCCGCCAACAUUUUGCUAGAUGAAUCCAACAACGCUAUUCUUGGCGACCUGGGGAUAUCCCGCUUCUUGGCCCGCGGACAAGAUCGAGUGAGAAGCUGGAGUAUACUUGGAACAAGAGGCUUCCUCGCUCCAGAGAUCCAGUCUGACGUCAUCGUAGAUCCUUUUUUGACGGACGCGUACGCACUUGGAGCAACGCUGUGGUGUCUGGUCUUCAAACCUAACCCUCGCAACUGGGAGGAUCUUAUGACCGCUAUGGAGUCCGACAGCACCUUGCUGCCACGCUUGGGUUUCCACAGAUUCGUUCUCUCCAGGCUUGUACAGAACAACCCACGACUCCGACUUUCAGUCUGCGAUCUCCUGGCAUUUCUGCGUGUGCGCUUUGAGAGGUUCAGGCUCCUCGUCAUGACCAGCAUGCUGGAAAUCACGAGCGUUAAUGUGACAGACUUUUCCUUGUACGGGAAGAACGCAGAAGGGCGGGGUUCGAGCCUCAAAGUCCUGAGCGACUUCACCCGUCAAGUGUUCGUGGUAGUCAACUACUGCAUCAUCUGCAGCCUCAUCAACGUGUUCGGAACCUGGUUACUAUUAAAUAACUUGUGCUGUCCACAGUGGCUGAAUAUCUGCUUCAAUCCACUGUUCCAGUACUCAGACAUCCCCUUCUCGUCCAUCGAUGUCCAGUACUUGACCGCUGGCUGGCCUCACGUCUGCUUCACCAGGAUCAGCAGCUGGAUCACAGCCUUCAUCACCUUUGAGAGGUGUCUAUGUAUUGCAAUUCCUCUCAAAGUAAAACAGAUUCUGACGCCCAGAAGGACAGUGGCUCUCAUCGUCUCCAUUUUUCUCCUCCUCAUUGCUACUGUCUCACCCGUGUACUACACGAGCCGGCUUGUCUGGAAGUUUUUCCCCAACAGGAACAAAUCCUUGCUCGUGUUGUCUUUCACGGAUGACCGCAAGGAGAUCGAGAGCGUAGCUUUCAUGAUCAACAACGUGGUGGUUCCUGUUGGCGCCUUCUUGGUAGUGAUCGUCUGCACAAUCACUCUAGUCUUGAAGCUCAACGAAAAGGCAAAAUGGCGGAAAACCUCCACUGCGCCUGGAAAAACUACUGAAAUAUCCAGCAAAGAGAAGAGAGUCGUUAAAAUGGUCAGUUUUAUUUCAACGAUCUUCAUCAGCUGUUUCUGUCCGGUGACUGUUGUAUUCUUUUUUAUGGCGAGGGAGCCAGAAUUUAGCAUUGAUGGGCAGUACAGGAAUAUUUUCUUUGUUGUAUUUUCGUUUUGUUUCAUUCUGGAGUCGAUUAAUUCGAGCGUUAACAUUUUCGUCUACUAUAACAUGAGCACGAAGUACAAAGACACCUUCAAUGUGCUGUUUCGGAGAAAAUACGUAGAAAAUAAGACAGGUGGGGGGAAGAGGCGAUUGGGAGACAGGUAUUAGUAGAACGAGGCGUCGGUGGCCUAGUGGUUAUAGGCUCUUGGCCUCGCAACCGUAAGGUCGUGGG